GGCGGCUGCAGGACGGGUGAGGUGGUUCGCGGUGCGAGGACGGGACGGCGCCGUUCGGGGGUCGCACACUCGGUAAAUCCGGGCGCGGACGGUGCGAAGCCCACGGGGCAGCGAGGCGGAGCUUCGGACAGGGAGCGGAGCGGGGCUCGGAUCACCCUGGAAUGACCUGCUGGCUGCCCGGCCCCGGGACUGACCGACAAGCGUCUCCACCUCGUUGGGUGGGGAAUGUCCGGCCUCGGUAACACCACCAGCCCCUGCCUGGAGUCAGCGACCCGCGGCGCGACCGCCGCCGCUCUGCUGGAGCUGGGCCUGGGCUCGGCCGUGCUGUGCGCCUCGCUGCUGGGGAACGGCCUGGUGCUGGCGGUGUUCAGGAGCAGGCCGCAGCUGCUCCACGUGGCCAACCGCUUCGUCUUCAACCUGCUGCUGGCGGACCUGUUGCAGACGCUGCUGGUGAUGCCGCUGGCGGUGGCGGGCAGCGUGCCCGGGCUCCGACCCCUCGCCGGCGGCCUCUGUAAACUGCUGGUGGUCUCUCUGCAUCUGUUCGCCUUCGCUGGCGUCCACAGCACGGUGCUGGUGUCCAUCGACCGCUACCUGGCCAUCAUGCACCCCCUAUCCUACCCCGCCCGCAUGACGCCCCGUCGGGCAUCCAGUCUGAUCGCGCUGAGCUGGGCGCUGGGCGCUGCGCAGAGCACGCCGCCGCUCUACGGCUGGGGCCGGGUGGCCGCUGACGGCUGCUCCUCCUGCCGCCUCCUCUGGGCCUCCAGCCCCUCCUACACGCUGCUGACCGCGCUGCUCGCCUUCUGGCUGCCGGCCGGCAUCAUGCUCCGCUGCUACUGGCUGGUGUUCCGGGCGGCUCGGCGACAGAACGCCCGGGUGCAGCCGGCGCUCGCACGGAGCCCGGGCGGGGAGAAGCGUCGGGGUCGGGGCCCGCCGCGCCGCUCCCAUUGCAAGGCGGCGCGGGUGGUGUUCGUCACCGUGGCCUCGCACCUCCUGGGCAUGGGCCCAUACAGCGUCCUUGGCACCGUGUCGGCGGCCGGGGCCACGCAACCCGCACCCUGGCUCGGCGCCGCCGCCCUCAUCCUGCUGCAUUCGCGGUGCUGCGCGCACCCCUACAUCUACGGAUACCUCCACCGGGGCAUCCGCCGGGAGCUGCUCCUCCACCUGCCCGCCGCCUGUUGCCGCCCGCCGGCGCCCGGGCUCUCGCCCUCCUCCCCGACCAGCGCCAGGGCUCCCCGCACCGCUGGCUCCUGGGCCGCUCCCCGCGCCUCUGCCCCGACAUCCUGGGCAGAAGCCUCGGUCACUGCAGCCGCGGCCACUGGCGGCCGAAGGGACACCGUGUCGACCAGCUGCAGCUCAGACAACGAACUGCACCUCCUGCCCGGUCACAGGGCCGACCGGUGACGGGGAUCCGGGCAGUGACUGGACACAGACUGGGGACGAAACCGGUGACAUGAUCCGGGCUGGGGAUGGGACCUAGACUGGUGAUGGAAUCCCGAACGGUGAACGAACCGGAAUCAGUUGAAGGGGUCCGUGACCAAAGAUGAAGCCUGAGAGGUCAGGUGAACAGG